ACUCACAGACCAUGAACUUCACACGGACAUGUGGUAAACAUUUCUUCCUUGCGAACAGGGCGACUUUCCCAUUGAAGAAGAGCACUUCGAGCCUGUCGAAUUGGAAAGCAAAGCUAAUCAACACGAACACGAUCAAGUCAUCCAUCUUCCCAUGGCUAAAUAGAUCACACGUUGCUCAGCUGAAGCCUCAACAGCUUCAAUUGAAACAAUUCCACUCCUCUGGCCAGCUGCAAUUCAUCAGGAUCUCAAACUACAACUAUAACCGCAAUUACAACACUCUAAAACAGGCGUUAAUAUUCUCUGGGCUGUUCAUUGUUGGGACUACCGUGGCAACACCGUACAUUUUCCAAUAUACCCCACUGGCAUACUUCAACAAACACCCAAGCCACCUUGUGUACGGACUAAUAGGCCUAAACCUGGCCGUGUUUGGGCUGUGGCAAGUGCCAAAGUACUGGAGAGUACUUAGCCGUUACGCCCUGCUGGAGAAGGAUGUCCUCUACUCCAAGUGGUCCAUCGUGGGCUCAACGUUCUCCCACCAGGAGUUCUGGCAUUUCGCAAUCAACAUGUUGGCCCUGUACUCGUUCGGCACCUCGCUGGCCAACAUGGUGGGCGCCUCAACGUUCACUCAGCUAUACCUCAACUCUGGUGUCGUGGCCUCCCUAGCAAGCAUCGCUUACCCUAUCAUCUUCAAGAUCCCUAUCACCGCUGCCAGUCUCGGCGCGUCGGGCUCGCUGUUUGGUGUCUUUGCAACGUUUGCCUACCUGGUUCCAACGGCAAAGAUCAUGGUGUUUGUAUUCCCGAUCCCUGGUGGCGCAUGGGUCGCCUUCUUGGGCUCGUGUAUCUGGAACGCUGCUGGCUGUGCCAUGAGAUGGGGGUCGUUUGACUACGCAGCACACCUUGGAGGCUCCUUAGCUGGUGUCCUCUACGGAUGGUGGAUUGCGAAAAAGGUUGAAGAGCAAAGAAGUAAGAGACUGCGCGCCUAUAGGUUCUAACCUUUGAAGGGAUACGUGUUUGCACAACUGUACAUAGUCAAAUCAUCUUUUCUUCGUUAAAUAAAUAAAUAGAACGUCCGUCAUUUCACGUGCUUCAUA